CCUCCCCUCCCCCACUGAUUGACCCAUCAGACACACACACAGUUUCUCUCGGUCUAUCCCUGACGACUUGUACUGAUAACAGUCACCCCAUGCACUCGACCAGGCAUUUCAUUUAGAGAUUUCCAUCAGAACAAGUGGGGUUUUUGCUUCCACUCUCCGUGAGGAUGUUUGGGACCAUAAUCAGUCCUGCAGAAAAACUCUCAAGGGUUAGUACAGAGAAAUAGGACCGGUAUAGACCGGUUGAGAAAGUCACCAACAACAUGUAAGUGCGAGGGAGAGUUGAAGACAUCAGCCUAAGGUAUUACUCUCUGUGCCCAGCCCACGAGCUUUGUAGAGCGCACCUGCUAAACCUUGAAUAAAGCCGGGGAGCUUUAAUACCUUCGCGGUUCGAAGGUACCACGGAUACGAAACAGUGACGUAGGCCUCCUCAUGAGGAGAAGGACUGGCAGUAGCUCUGUCUCAUUCAAUUCGUAAGUUAGAGAUGAGAGUACGGGAAUUAGUGAGCGCUGUUCUGGGGCUGUCCCUGUGCUUCCCGCCGGAGAUCCUCGUCCAUGGACGUCCGGACUCAGAUCACAACGAGGCCAAGGAAUUACGUAGACUGGAGAACACGUUUUACCAGUUUGCGUUACGACAGUACCCAGAACAGGCCACGCUAUACAACCAGCACCAGCAUGACGACAAACUGGAGGAGUUUACUAUGGAAGCCUUCCGUAACAGAAAGCUGGAGUGUGACGUCAUCCUGGAGUCAGCCAAUCACAUCGAUCCUUCCAAACUCUCCUACUGGGAUCGAAAGGACUUAAAAAUUCUGAAAUUGUCUUUAGAGACGUUCAUUGAGGGCUAUCAGUGGAAGAGCUUCGGAAACCUAAACACCAUAACAUUUCUGGGCGGAGUGGAAAGACCCCCCAGCUGGGCGAGAAGCGCGAAUUUUGAAGACCAAUCAGAUUAUGAGAAAUACCUGAAGAGAUUACAGGCAUUUCCUGUUCAGAUAGAUCAGAGGAUAACGUUGAUGAGAUUGGCUAUCAAACUGAAUCGUACUUCACAUAAAGUAUCUCUGGGAACAGUUCCUCGUCAUCUAUAUGAUCACCACCGUAUGAUCUACUACUCGCCGUUACAAUAUCAGCCUAGAAUCAUUCCAGACAGUGUGUGGUCCAGUAUUUUCAACCGGGCCUCUAAAUUAAUUGACCAUGACAUUAAGGCAGCCUACGAAAAGUUACAAAACUUUUUAACCGGCGAGUACCUUCCCGUCACUCGCCCUACGGUGGGAGUUUUCUCCUGGCACCGGGGUAAGGAAUACUACAGAGCCUGUCUUCAGUGGCACGUUGGGGUGGAUGUCUCUCCAGAGGAGGUCCAUAACCUGGGUUUGAGUGAGGUGGAGAGGAUUCAACGACAGAUAAGAGACAAUGUUAUGAAGAAAAUUCAAUUUGAAGGCUCUUUGGGGGAAUUCUUCACCCAUGUCCAGACCAUUCCACGCUACCUCAACCACUCUGCCGCGUAUUUGUUGGAAGAAUACAAAAAUAUUGUCCACGUUAAAAUACAGAAAAAGCUCUUCAAGCUGUUCAAGUACAUAUAUGUGCCAAAAAUAAGAAUAGUUCAGUUAUUUCAUGACGGGCCAUGGGGCUCAUACGGGGGUAACACGUUCUUUGUGAACCUUCUGGAACCGGAAACCAGAUCUACGUUGAUGAUGUUGCCCUUGGCCCUUCACGAGGUCAACCCGGGUCACCAUUUCCAGGUGGCUUAUGCAAACAUGCAUGACGUCCCCAAAUACAGAGGCCGCAACAUUUAUGGAGACAUGUCGGCGGUGCCGUUUGUUAUUCCAGCUUAUCAAGUCUACAUAGAGGGCUGGGCAUUGUAUGCGGAAUACCUUGGAGAAGAGAUGGGUCUCUUUGAAAACCCGUAUUACCUAUACGGCCGCUACAUGUCGGAGAUCUUCAGGGCCUGUCGACUUGUAGUGGAUACUGGUAUUCAUGCUUUCGGCUGGACUCGACAACGUGCCAUAGACUACAUCGCUAACCACACAAUCUUCCCGAUCAAGCAGAUCCAGAUCGAGGUUGACCGUUAUAUCACUUGGCCAGCUCAGUCAGUCGCCUACAAGCUCGGGGAGAUGAAGAUCAAGGAACUAAGACGAAAAGCCGAAACGGAACUAGGGAACCAAUUUGACAUUAAGGAAUUCCAUGAUCAAGUACUGAAGCAUGGCCGAGUUCCAAUGGUAAUACUGGAGGAAACUAUUAAUGAUUGGAUAAAAUCUUUCACCGGUGAAAGGACAAAUGACUUUGAGGUCAACUAUCACUUCCGGCCUACCCAAAACAGAUGUUCUCAAACUUCAAGGAAAUGUGAUAUUUUCAUUUUAAUUAGCAUUCUUGUCAUGGCAAUUUUGUCUUUGCGGAUCUGAAGAAUGGUACAAGUUUGUAUUCUCAAAACUCUAGUCUUAAACGUCUUCUCUCCCUCAACUUUGCUGUGCCUCUGCUUAUUGGAGAUGGACACGAUACAAGAUGGACACAGGGACGCAACUCUGCUGAUAUAAACAUAAACGGACAGCGACCCUCUCCCCAAAUUAUUGCACAUGGCGGCUGUUCGC